AUGCUCAUGAUACUAAAUAAAUUGACUUUUAUGAAGAAGUUUAAAAUGUAUUAACCUUAUCUUUAAAAGAAUUAAUACGAUAAAUUAGUCUUGAUUGUAUUGAAAGGAGGUGAUGUAAAUUUACAAUUAUAUUUAGUGUCCUUUUACAAAAAAUAUGGAAUCAAUAUGUCGAAAUCAAUUCCAAUCCUAUUUAUUAAGUUCUUAAUGAAAAAAAAGAUAUUGAAAAAUCUAAUCUCAAAUAAAUUAUGAAAACACAUCAAUUAUAUUAAUGAGAAAUCGAUAAUUUUUAAUUAAUUAUUUCCAAUAUUAAAGAAGAUUAAUCUAAGCUUACAUCAAAAUUAAUCAAAUUUAAAGAUAAUAGCAAAUAUCUUAAAAAAACUAAUAGAAAUUUAUAAAAUACUAUUAGAGAACUCAAAUUCUAACUCAAUGAUUAUACUACCUAAACUAAGUAUUUAAUGAGUGAAAUUGAUAAUCUAAAAUAAUAAAUUUAAGAAAAUGAAAUUGACAUCUAAAAAUUUCAAUAAAUAUCCUAAACUAAUUAUAGAAUUGAAUCUCCAUUAGCUAGUGAUCAUUCUUCACUUUAAUUUCCCUAACCAUUAAAAGUUAUCCAAGCUGGUUUACAUUAAUCCUUAGAAAGUGAUCCUGAUACUACUCUAUCAAAUUUUGAGAAUAUGUUAUUUAACUAAGCUACUGAUACAAAUGAUUUAAUUGCAUUGAUGAAUUUAUAAAAAGAACAAUCUACUUAAGCUUGUGGAUUUAAUACUUAACCAGAAUAUCAGUAAAAAACAAUAUUUAGUUAAGAUCAAUUCUUUUACCAGAUGUUAGACAUAAUAUUGUUUAAACUGAUUUUACUAUGAGUAAUGCUAUUCAAAAGGAAACGCAAACUGAAUUACUCACUGAUUUAUAAGAUGAUAUCAAAAAUGAAGAAGAUUAAUUAAUAUUAUUUUAAGAACAAUUUUUAAAAGCAUCUGAAAAUUAUCAAUAACUUAUCAAUGGAAAUCAAUUAGAUAAUCCUGAUGUUAAAUAUCUAUCAUCUUUUAUUUUAAGUCUUGGUAAUAUCUCAUCUUAACUGAAAUAAACAGUCUAAAAUUAACGAGAAUAUAGAACUAGCUUAUUACUAAUUAAUAGUGUUUAAAAAGAUGAAAAUGCUAGAAAUACUAAUGAAUUAUAAUUAUUAGUAUAAUUAAUUUAUAAUAUUAGAAAAUCAACCGUGAUAAUCUAUAAUAGAAUUUGGAAUCUGCAAAAAAUGAAAUUGAAGAAUUAGAAGGUCAUCUAGAAUUAUAAGAAUACGUAAAUAUUAUUUAUUUAUUUAAAAAAGAUCAAUUCUAAAUUAGAGAGAAAAUAUAAUAAAAUAAAAGAUAAAAAACAAUAACUUAUUGAAAAAACUACAAAUCUAAUUAACCAAUUAACAAAGACACAAAAAUUUACAAAUAUUAUGAAAAAGAAGAUAUAAGAAAAGAGAUCAAGUAUUUUUACUUAAAAAAAGUAAUCUGCCACUUAAUCUUAAAGUCAAUUACCAUCAUCUUUAGAAAUAUCAUAGAAAUUUUCACUAAUAAUUUUUACAAUCAAAUAAUUCCUAAAAUCAGAUGGCCUUAUCACCUGGAAGAUAAGAAUUGGAAAAUCAUUCUAAUAAUAAUUAAUAAAAACCUGAAGGUUAAAGCAUUUAAUAAGAAAAUUUAAUAUAGAAAAUCAAUAUUCCAAAAAAGAAAUGGAAUAUUUAAAUUACAAAUACAGAUGAAUAAUAAAAGGAAUCUGAUAAUGAAAGUGAUCUAUCAUAGUCUUAACUCUCCUUUUAAUAAAGUAUUAGUAUAGUUUAAGAUGUAUUAAAUAUUUUUUAUAAAAUAGGAUGUUAUUUCAUAACAUAGUUUUGCAUCAAAUAGAAGAUCUUAAUAACUGUAAACUCAAGCUAAAUCUCCUGGUAAUCAUGUAAUAUUAAUAUAAUAUUAGUAGCAAUUAAAUCCAAACAAUGGAAAUAAUAGAUCAAGUUUAAAAUCUGCUAAAAAAAGUACUCCUAUUAGCACUUCGAAUACAUUGAAUAAUGAAAAUGUAAAAUUGAUUUCAGAUACAUUGAGAAGAUUUUUAAAUGAAGAAUUAGAUAAUAGUGAAGCGUCAAGUAUUGAUUCAUCUUUUUCAUCUAAAUUGGAAGCUUAUUUUAAAAAAAAUCAGAUAGAUAAUAAAACAAAAGAAAUAUCACAUAAACAUAAGCACCAAGUAUUUUAUAAUUUAAAAUUAUAAGAAUUUCAAAAUAGAAAUUAUACUGAAUCAACUACUUAACUCAAUUUUUAAAGAUCUAAAUAUUUAGUAACUUUUUUGGCUGAACGUUUUGCUAAAAAUCCAAAAUUGGCUACACCAAAAAUGUAAAGAAUAAAUGUUUUAAAAUUCAUUUCUUAAUUUUAUUGUGAUAAGAUAAGGUAAUUUCAAAAUAAAAAUAUACCUUUACAUUAAAUAUGUUAUGAGCAUUUUGUAAAUACUUAUGGAUUUAAAAGCAUGGCAGAGUAAAAAUUAACUAAUUUUUAUCAAUCUGUAUAUUCUUAUAGAGAGAAUUUUAGAGUUAAUCUUUUUGGAAGGUAUAAAUAAAUAAAAUGAAUAGAUUUUUGGAAUUGUUAAGUCCUCUUAGUUUGGAUGAUUUAGAUAUUUAUAUUUAAUCAUUAAAAGUACUUGAUGAAAAUGAUAUAGCUAUUCAUUUAGCAUCAAUAGUAAAUGAAAAGGGAGUAUUAGUUCAAUUAGAAAAAGCAAUAGCAUCAUUAGAUAUUCUACAUUAAUGUUUGGGAUUAGAUAUCAAAGAUAGAAUUAUAAAGGAAACUCCUUUGAAUACAUAUGAGAGGAAGAAUAAAAUGUGUGUAGAUGUUGACUUUUUUAUAAGUAAAGUUUUAAAUGGUUAUCAUUAAUAUAAAUUGACAUAUUAAGCUCAUUUUGAAGAAGUAUUUUAUUCAGCUGAUAUGGAUAUGGAUGGAAUGAUUGAAUUUCAGGAAUUUUAAAAAUUAUAUUUACAUUUUGAAAUUAAUCAAGGAACAACAUCCAAUAAUAAAUCAAUAAGAACUUAAUUUAUGGAAAGAUGUGAUACUAUUUCAAAUGAGAAUGGUGAAAAAGCCAUGUCUUUUGAGCGUUUUAUUACUUUUUCAUUAGAAAAUAAUAUAUUUUCAGAAGAAAAGUUCUCUGUAAAUAGUUGAAUUUUUAUAAUAUAUAGAAAUUUUCAAAAAAUGUUGAUCCUAAUGAUCCAAUUAAGAGUUUGAAUGAUUUGAAAGAGAAUUGGACAAACAUCUAAUUAUUAUUAAUGAGUAGAAUUAGCUUAAGUGAACCUAAUGAAGGUGAUUAUUAUCAAAGUAUAAUUUAAAAACUUGAUUAAGUAAAUUUCAAGAAUUAUUUAGGCUUUAAAUAAUAAGGAAUUGAAAGAAAGCUAUUGGAUUUCAUAUAGAAUCUUAGAUGAAGAUACAAAAGCACUUUAUUUAAAUAAGAUUGCAGCUGAUCUUAUACCUGAUGAUCUAUUAUAUAUUUAAGAAUAAAUGAAUGAAAUUUUUGAUGAUAAUAUUGAGAUUGAUUGA